CUCUAGAUAUAGAUUUAAUUAAUAAAAAUUCAUAUUCAAAAUAAAGAUGAUGACUCCAAUCUCAAAUGAAAUCACUGUAAACAAGUACAACCAUCGAGAACGCAAGGGGAGACAAGAGUCGGCUAAUUUUAAUGAAAAAUGAAAAGAAAUUGCCUUAGCCUCAAACUGAUCUUCUUCUCAGGCAAAAAAUGCUAGAAAUCAUAAAGAGAAUGAACAAUUCUUUCGGCCUGGCAAGUAUUCACAGCUAAAUAACUCAACCAGAUCAUCAAAAAGGGAAAAUGAUAAAUAAGAAAAAUAUCUUGAGCAGGAAGUCUGCAGCAAGAGCCUUUCUAAAUAAAGGUAUUAAAAAUCGUAGAGCCAUGUCAACUACUUCCCAAGAGAAUGGAAUUAUCGGCAAUUUUAAAACUCCUGUGCCUAAUAAGCCUGAGUUUUUCAGCGGGUCAGUGAGGCUACCUUUUAUUGCAAGCGGGGCAUCCCCUGUUUGCAGCAGCACAAAAGAGAUUUCGUUGCCUCAAGGAGCCACUCAUCAGUAUCCUUCCUCUAAGAUCUCAAGUUAUGCUGUUGGUAUUGGAAAAACUACUUCAACCAGUCACCUCAAAGCAACUGUCAGUGGAGGGACCUUUACCCUUACAGGAGGAAUGAACCAGGAUAAACAGAAAAGAAUUGAGUACAAACUCUCGCCUUCUGGAGGGAUUUCUCAAGUUGCAUCCACAAGAGUUAGUCAAGAAAGAGAGCCCCUUUCAAAGCCUUUCCAUCAUAAAUUCAGGCAAAAAGUAAUAUAAGCCCUGCAUCAACAAAGAGUUUAGUCAAGAAUCCAGCCAAGAACAGAUUUCCUUUGCCAUUCACUGGGAUUGAGUACCCAUUCAUUGAUGGAGGAGGUAUCACUUCAUACGGAAGAGACGGUAUUUUCUCUGAAAAGAAGCCCUAUAUAAAAACCUCAAAUGAUUUUGAAAAAUCUUGGAUCUAUUCAAUGCCUGAUAAAUCAAUCUGAACCCCAACACAAAGACCAAUCUAUAAGAAGAAAUCAAAAAUUGAUGCAAAAAGGGAACAGGUGGUGUAUGAUUGCUCAAAUCCCUCUCCAUUCUACACAGAUUCAUACCAAGCAACCCAGAACACCAUGAUUGACCUCAAUAGAGAAUAUGUGCCGAUGAAUGAGCGUGACUUAAUCGAACAAAAGACAAAAACAUCUGGUCCAAAAUUGGUCAAAGAUUUAUAUUACCGUAAUCUUCUUCCCUAUUACGCUAAGGAAAAUGAAGCUGACAAUACACUUAUAUUCGAAAGCAGGUUUGAGAGUGGGAACCUCCAAACUGCUAUCAAAUAAGUCUUCCUACGAAUACGAGCUUCUGCUUAAAACAGACUAUAACACUACUAACUACACUCAAUGGUUUUAUUUUAAAGUAACAAACAUGAAAAGGUGCGUGCCUUAUACUUUUAAAAUAGUAAACAUGGUCAAACCUAGCUCUCUUUACAGUCAGGGGAUGAAGGUUCUCAGCUAUAGCGUGAAAUCAUCUGAGAUAUCUUACCAAGGCUGGCAAAGAGUUGGGAAGAACAUUUCAUAUACCCAGAAUACGUAUAAAAAGAAAGGUGGUGGGAAAUAUUACACUCUUUCGUUCACAACAAAUUUUGAUUAUGACAAUGACUGAGUGUACUUUGCACAUUGAUUCCCUUAUACUUAUACGGACUUGAAGUACUUUCUUCAUGAUGUCUGUACAGAGAAGAUGAGAGGGAAGAUCAGGAAGACCUUUCUCUCUCGGACUCUCGCCGGGAAUGAAUUCGAAGGAGUCAUCAUCACUAACUUCACCUCUGCUCCUGAAGACAUUGCCGAGAGGCAAUGAAUCAUUAUCACUGGUAGAGUUCACCCUGGUGAGAGUAACUCAAGCUUCAUCGUUGAAGGAAUGAUAAAAUUCUUAGUAACCGAUGAUCAUGUUGCCAAAAGUCUUAGAAAUAUGUUUGUCUUCAAAAUCGUUCCGAUGCUCAACCCUGAUGGAGUAAUUGUUGGAAAUUAUCGCUGCUCUUUAGCAGGCUGUGAUUUAAACCGUCAGUGGAAAAAUCCUUCGGCAAGACUACACCCAGAAAUUCACGCAGUGAAGCAAAUGUUUAACAAAACUCUUCAAUGAAGAAGUGUUUUCCUUUACGUUGAUUGCCAUGGACAUUCUCGGAAAUAAAAAUUGCUUUAUGUAUGGUUGCAAUAAUAAAUCUGCCACAGGGUAUAACAAAUAUAAGGAGAAAAUCAUCCCUUUCAUGUUUGGAAAUAAUCAUGAUUCGUUUUCAUUCAAAGAUUGUAAUUUUGUGGUACAGAAAGCUCGAGAAGGAACUGCCAGAUAUGUUGUCCAUGACAAUUAUAAUAUUAUUAACAGUUAUACUCUAGAGGCAUCUUUCUUUGGACCUGAAAAAGGAAUUUACCAAGACUGCCAUUUCACUCCUACUCAAUAUAAUGAUAUAGGAAAGAAAUUUUGAUUCACCCUACUAGAUUACUGAGCGAUCACAGAUGAUCCUCAAAAGGACCUUAACGACAAACGAGGGGCAACUCUAGCCCUCAAGAACACCCUUCAAAAUCUCGAUAAAUACUUCUCCAAAGGCAAAGGGACAUCUAAUUCCUACCUAAAAUUCAUGUCCAAGGGUGACGAGAGUGAUAGUGCCGAUGACGACGCCGACGCCGAUGCUAACUCCCCCUCUCCAUGCCCUUCUCCCUCUCUCUCCCCACCUCUACCCUCCCCUUCAGCUCCAAACCCAACCAAGCCACUGCCAAAAUCCCUUCCUAAAAACCCAAAAUCCCGAAGAACCAAGGCUAAAUCCAUAACACUUCGUAAGUCCAGGACCAAAAACAGACAACAUACAGUGAAGAUAAGCGGGAAGAAUCUUAGAAGUACAGGGCAGAACUGGAAAAAUAAGAGGCCGAAGGGAAAGCAGAGGAAUAAGAGUAUUAGGUAGAAUUUAUAGUUCAAUUUUU